AUGUUUUUGGGGGUGAUUCAUCACUUCUAUAUCUGGAAAUGUUCAGUUAUGAGAAAAGUUAUGAUUCAUAGAAAGGAUAUAAAAUUGGUCCAUUUCAGAAAUCAGAAAAUGAAAUUGAGAAACUUCAACAAGAAAGCAGUGCCAAAUAAGUUCAGAAAAAGACAUUAA